GGGUCGCCAUUUUAAGGCUCCAGUUCGAGUAGUGCGGGAGUCGCUGAGGCUUUACCGGCUCCCACGGCUGAUUGCAUUCCAGUUUUGGAUACCGAAAACCGGCUUCUUUCUUCCGCUAAAAGAAGUCAAACAAAACGGAUUUUCCGUUUUGAUUAGAUUCGGAAGAAGUUCGGACUGAGGGCUCGGCACCACGAUGGCUACCCAGUCUGAUCUGAUGGAGCUGGACAUGGCGAUGGAGCAGGACCGUAAAGCUGCAGUGAGCCACUGGCAACAGCAGUCGUACCUGGACUCUGGUAUCCACUCCGGCGCCACCACCACAGCACCCUCUCUGUCUGGCAAGGGCAACCCUGAAGAUGAGGAGCUGGACAACCAAGUGCUCUUCGAAUGGGAGCAAGGAUUCAGCCAGCCGUUCACACCCGAGCAUGUUGCCGACAUGGACGGGCAGUACGCCAUGACGCGUGCCCAGCGUGUCCGUGCCGCCAUGUUCCCCGAGACCCUGGACGAGGGAAUGCAGAUCCCGUCCACCCAGUUCGACUCGGCCAACCCCACCAACGUACAGCGGCUAGCCGAGCCCUCUCAGAUGCUCAAGCACGCCGUGGUCAACCUCAUCAACUAUCAGGACGACGCCGAGCUCGCCACCAGGGCCAUUCCAGAGCUCACCAAGCUCCUCAACGACGAAGACCAGGUGGUGGUGAACAAGGCUUCCGUUAUGGUGCACCAGCUUUCGAAGAAGGAGGCGUCUCGCCACGCCAUCAUGCGCAGCCCCCAGAUGGUGUCGGCCAUCGUGAGGACCAUGCAGAACACGGCCGACGUGGAGACCGCACGCUGCACGGCCGGUACUCUGCACAACCUCUCGCAUCACCGGGAGGGUCUGCUGGCCAUCUUCAAAUCUGGUGGCAUCCCAGCUCUGGUCAAGAUGUUGGGAUCUCCAGUGGACAGCAUCCUGUUCUACGCCAUUACCACCCUGCACAACCUCCUCCUCCACCAGGAAGGAGCCAAGAUGGCUGUCCGUCUGGCCGGAGGCCUGCAGAAGAUGGUGGCCCUGCUUAACAAGACCAACGUCAAAUUCCUCGCCAUCACCACAGACUGCCUACAGAUCCUGGCUUACGGCAACCAGGAGAGCAAAUUGAUAAUCCUGGCCAGCGGCGGCCCUCAGGCCCUGGUUAACAUCAUGAGGACCUACACCUAUGAGAAGUUGCUGUGGACCACCAGCCGUGUCCUCAAAGUGCUGUCUGUCUGCUCGAGUAACAAACCCGCCAUCGUCGAGGCCGGAGGCAUGCAGGCUCUUGGCCUUCACCUGACCGACACCAGUCAGAGAUUGGUGCAGAACUGCCUCUGGACCCUCAGGAACCUGUCUGAUGCUGCCACCAAGCAGGAGGGUAUGGAAGGCCUGCUGGGCACCCUGGUGCAGCUGCUGGGCUCGGACGACAUCAACGUGGUGACGUGCGCCGCCGGCAUCCUCUCCAACCUCACCUGCAACAACUACAAGAACAAGAUGAUGGUGUGCCAGGUCGGCGGCAUCGAGGCCCUCGUCCGCACCGUGCUCAGAGCCGGCGACCGCGAGGACAUCACCGAGCCCGCCGUCUGCGCCCUUCGCCACCUCACCUCCAGACACCAGGACGCCGAGAUGGCCCAGAAUGCUGUGCGCCUGCACUACGGACUUCCUGUGGUGGUCAAGCUGCUGCACCCGCCCUCACACUGGCCUCUCAUUAAGGCCACAGUCGGUCUGAUCCGUAACCUGGCGCUUUGUCCAGCUAAUCAUGCACCACUGCGCGAGCAGGGUGCCAUCCCCCGAUUGGUCCAGCUGCUAGUGAGGGCACACCAGGACACCCAGAGGCGCACCUCCAUGGGAGGCAACCAGCAACAGUUUGUGGAGGGAGUCCGGAUGGAAGAGAUUGUCGAGGGCUGCACCGGCGCGCUCCACAUCCUCGCCAGAGAUGUGCACAACAGAAUCGUUAUCCGAGGACUCAACACCAUCCCCCUGUUUGUACAGCUGCUGUACUCUCCAAUCGAAAACAUUCAGCGCGUGGCGGCUGGCGUGCUGUGCGAGCUUGCUCAGGACAAAGAGGCGGCCGAGGCGAUCGAAGCAGAGGGAGCCACAGCGCCCCUCACCGAACUGCUGCACUCCAGGAACGAGGGAGUCGCUACGUAUGCGGCAGCCGUGCUGUUCCGCAUGUCCGAGGACAAACCUCAGGACUACAAGAAGCGACUCUCGGUGGAACUGACCAGCUCCCUGUUCAGAACGGAGCCCAUGGCCUGGAACGACACUGGUGAUAUGGGGCUGGAUUUGGGAGCCCAAGGAGAGCCUGUUGGAUACAGAGCAGAAGACCCCAGCUAUCGCUCCUUCCAUUCAGGAUACGCCCAGGACGGCCUGGGCAUGGACGACAUUCUGGAACACGAGCUCGCCGGCCACCACCCUGGAGCAGACUACCCAGUCGAGGGCCUUCCCGACCUCGGUCACACUCAUGACCUAAUGGACGGACUUCCUCCCACAGACUCCAAUCAGCUGGCCUGGUUCGACACUGACCUUUAAAGGACACAAUCUACAAGUAGUGAAGCUGUCUGUCUGAAUGAAUCUGCAUUGUGAUUUUUUUUUACCUAAAGAGCGACGGAAGGUUUGCGGAGGGUGGGCGAGCAUAUCGGAAAGUGCCUGACACAAUGCACACACUCAAAACACGCCAUGCACACAUGCACACACUUGUUGGAGGAGCGGGGGAGUUUUCUACUAGGACGAGGAGGAGGAGGAGGAGGAAAGGAAGCCAGACCCCCUUUUUUCUUUUUUUCCUCUUAUUUUUGUUCCGGACUUUUUUUCUCCCCCCCUGCACACUUUGCCCUGAUGGAGGAGGGGAAGUCGAGAGGGGUUUUAGGAGCGGAGCGGCAGCUCUUAGAGUGCUCGAGAACGGUCUACGAUGGAACUCAAGAUUUUAGCCUUGUUUUUAUUUCACUUUCCUUUUUUUAAAACAAAUUCUGCUUGUUUUUUUUAAACCUGAUUAGUUUCUAUGGUACUGACUCCUAGCUUUUCAGCUUUAGUCUGUAUUCAUGAUGUUUUUCACGUUCUCUCAUUUGUAUUCCAUUUUUUAUGUCUCCUGUAGUGUUAAGUUGUAGUGGAUUUGCCUCGUUUUCCUUUGUUUUUUUGAACUCUUUCUCACGUAACGGUGUUAAACACUAAUUAUCGGUUUCUAUGUAAUCUGACUGAAAGUGUAACGAUGUGUAGCUUUUUUUAUACGAUCAGCUGUUAAACCUGGGAGUACCGGGGUGGGAGAAAUAUAUGCAUUCUCAUUAAGAUAUAAAAAAGCAAGCCCGUAGCGGCACUUUUCUGUGUCACAAUUGUUCCAAAAAGGGUGUGGGGUGAACUAUGAAGGGAGGGGGGGCACGAACUGACAAAGAUCUUCUCUUUUCUAUGCUAUCUCGAGGUAGUCUCUCUAUUGAAGCGACGUCGUUGUUUGUUUGCCUGUGCGGCUUCUUUUGGGAACAUGGAUAAUGACCUAGCUGAACAAUAAAAGACUUUUAUUCCA